AUGAAGGUCUACACAGUCAUCGCGCUCUUUGCGGCUACUGCCGUAGUAGCUCAGACGGAUAGUCAGACUGAUAGUCAGACGGAUACCCAAACUGAUACUCAGACUGAUACCCAGGAUGCUACAGCUGCAGCUACAGCUACGGCCGCCGUAACCGCAACUGGUACGGCCGUCGCCCGCGCGACUAGCGAUGGCACGGACGCCGCUACUAGCAGCAGCGCAAGUGAUGCUGUUGUCAGCUCAGGCACCGACGCUGCUAACAGUGCUGUCAACAGUGCUACUGACGCUGGCGCUAGCGCUACUAGCGAUGCAGUUGCAGAAGCCACUGGCAGCGAUGUCGUUGCUGCUACUAGUACCGGUGACGCUACAUCUCCUACCACCAUCAUUGUUGCUCAGAGCACAACCGAGGCGGGAUCCUCUGCCGUGGCCGAAACUGAUAUCGCCAACACCACCGCUGCUCAGGAAGCAGGUACCACGGCCGCGGUUGAAACGGCAUCAGCCGCAUCUGGAACGGCUGGAACUGCUGUUGCCUCUGCAUCCUUCAGCUCAGGAUCGAAUGAUAAUGAUACUUUUGCGACCAGCGUUACCGAUAGCGGAGAGGCUACUGCCACUCCAUCUGGCCCUACCCACUUUCGACAUCGACGAUUCGUCUGA